AUGUUACGAACGGAUACGUCCACCCAACAUACAAAUGCCCAUACGUCCGCGUCUGCCAUGGCUUCCACAUUCCCUCGAAAUACUACUGGGCUACCUACAGCUUCCCCAAUGUCGUCAGCUUCGACACCAUUAUCUCCGCAACAGUUGUCGUCGUUGAAGUAUCAGAUCGUUGCUUAUAGACUGAUCUCGAAGAAUAUGUCAGUUCCUCCUCAUUUACAGCAGGCAAUGUUUGGUCCCGGGGCUGUAAUGAGCAAUUUAUCAGCUCAAGAAGCUGCGGCUGCCACACUACCAGCAAAAUUGGUUGAAGGAGCGUAUACGCAUCAUAGUCAAUCUACUGGUGCUGGUAGUACUGGGACUGUGUCGGUUGCGAGUGACCAAUCUGCGCAACAACAUUCUUCACUUUCCCCCCCAUUAUACAAUGCGUAUAUUGAUCCGUACACAUAUCUGAAAAAACCCUUUAGCCAGUCAGCAGGCUCUCGUUUCCAGCGCCUAUUGAUCCCUAGUAUAACGCCUCCUGGACUAGAUCCAAUUGAUUUACUCAUGGAAAAAGAGAGAGAAAUGGAGGCGAGAAGGGAGCAGAGAAUACGGCAAUUAGAGAAUAAGUUGGCUAGUUUGUCUAAUGAUGCUUUGAGGAUGGGUAAUGGGAGCGAAAAGGAGAAUAAUAGCGCUUCUAUAGCUAGUCCUAAGAUUAAGGCUUUGAUAGAAGUAAAGAGUUUAAAAUUGCUGCCGAAAAGGAAUAAGCUCCGCCAAGAAUUCAUUAAGGGCAACACCAAAGCAGCUACCCUCGCGACAUCAAAUAAUCGCGCAGAUUUUCGUCGCAUGAAGAAACCAUCUCUACGGGAUGCUCGCAAAACCGAGAAAUUGGAACGUCAGCAGCGUGUUGAUCGGGAACGUCGCGAGAAGCAAAAGCAUCUUGAUUAUCUCCAAUCAAUCUGCGCACACGGCCGAGAUCUAAUACAAUGGCAUCGCACAAACCAGGCGAAACAGUCAAAAAUCGGUCGUGCUGUUCUAAACUAUCAUUCUCAAAUUGAAAAAGAAGAACAGAAAAAAGAAGCACAGAAAGCAAAGGAUAGGUUGAAGGCAUUGAGAAAUGACGAUGAGGAAGCAUAUUUGAAAUUGAUCGAUCAGGUGAAAGACACUAGAAUUACGCAUUUGUUGAAACAGACGGAUGCAUAUUUGGGUAGUUUGGCCCAGGCAGUUUUGGCGCAACAGAACGUCGACUUGCAUAAUGAUCCGACCAUGAAAGGUGGGGUUGAAUUGAUGGAUGAGCAAGACAAUACAGACGUUGAGAUUGAUGGGAAGAAGCUCGAUUAUUUUGCUGUUGCUCAUAGAAUUAAAGAAGAAGUCGAACAACCUGCUCUACUAGAGGGCGGUACUUUGAAAGAAUACCAGGUUAAAGGGUUGCAAUGGAUGGUAUCUCUGUAUAACAAUCGUCUUAAUGGGAUUUUAGCCGACGAAAUGGGUCUCGGAAAGACAAUACAGACUAUUUCAUUGGUAACAUAUCUCGUUGAGCGCAAGAAGCAGAAUGGUCCAUUCUUGAUUGUUGUUCCUUUGUCUACACUAACGAACUGGACUAUGGAGUUUGAAAAAUGGGCCCCUCAAAUUAGCAAAUGUGUCUACAAAGGUCCACCCAACGUUCGUAAAGAACUCCAACACACCUUCAUUAAACACAUCAAUUUUCAAGUUCUUCUGACCACCUACGAGUAUAUUAUCAAAGACAAACCCGUUUUGAGUAGAAUCAGAUGGGUGUAUAUGAUUAUUGACGAAGGUCAUAGAAUGAAGAAUGUGAAUUCAAAAUUGUCAACCAUAUUGACCAAUUCGUAUCAAUCAAGAUAUCGUUUGAUUUUGACUGGUACACCCUUGCAGAAUAACCUUCCAGAGCUAUGGUCCCUUUUGAAUUUCGUUCUUCCAAGAAUCUUUGAUUCAGUAAAAAGCUUCGAUGAAUGGUUUAAUACACCUUUUGCUAACACUGGUGGGCAGGACAAAAUAGCGCUUAACGAAGAAGAGGCAUUGCUUAUAAUUAGGCGUCUACAUAAAGUAUUACGCCCCUUCCUUCUGCGACGUCUCAAGAAAGAUGUCGAAUCCGAGUUACCGGAAAAAGUCGAAAAAGUCUUGAAAUGCCGGUUUUCAGCCUUACAGAAUCGACUUUAUAGUCAAAUGAAGAAGCAUGGGAUGCUUUUUGUCAGUACUGGCGAAAAAGGCAAAACUGGUAUCAAAGGCUUAAAUAAUACUAUCAUGCAACUUCGUAAAAUAUGUAACCAUCCAUUUGUGUUCGAGGAUGUCGAAAAAGACAUCAAUCCGUCAAAAACAAGCAAUAGUCUUCUUUACCGUGUCUCUGGGAAAUUCGAACUGCUGGAUAGGGUUCUUCCUAAGUUCUAUAGAACAAGACAUAGGGUGUUGAUUUUUUUCCAAAUGACGGCUAUUAUGAAUAUUAUGGAGGAUUUUCUUCAUUAUCGUCGAUACAAAUAUCUUCGAUUAGAUGGUUCAACGAAGGCCGAAGAUCGCUCUACCUUGCUUAGACUAUUCAAUGCAGAAGACUCUGACUACUUUGUAUUCUUGUUAAGUACUCGAGCCGGUGGCUUGGGAUUGAACUUGCAGUCUGCAGAUACUGUGAUAAUUUUCGACUCUGAUUGGAACCCUCAUCAGGAUCUUCAAGCCCAAGACCGUGCUCAUCGCAUUGGUCAAACGAGAGAAGUUCGCAUUUUGCGACUGAUUUCACAAAAGUCGAUAGAAGAAAAUAUUUUGGCUAGAGCACAGUAUAAACUAGAUAUUGACGGGAAAGUAAUUCAAGCUGGGAAAUUUGACCAAAAGAGUACAGCAGAAGAGCGAGAGGCAUUUUUGCGAACAUUAUUAGAAGGUGACAACGACGAAACAAAUGAUGUCGAUGACGACGAGAUCCUCGAUGAUGAAGAUCUAAAUCUUAUUAUCUCGCGCAACGACGAAGAACUUGCACUGUUUAAACAAAUUGAUCAGGAACGCAAACGUGAGGAAGAGGCUGAAUGGCGACGACGAGGAGGUCGCGGAAAGUGUCCAGAAAGAUUGAUACAAGAUGAGGAAUUGCCCGAAAUGUAUCGGAAAGAUGAGGACAUAUUAUUUAGCCAGAGCCAAGAUUCCAUGGAAUACGGUCGAGGGCAGCGCGCUAGGGGUGAAAUUCGAUAUGAUGAUGGUUUGACCGAAGAACAAUGGUUAAAUGCCAUUGAAGACGAAGAAGUUGACGUCGCGGAGGUGAUAGCCAAGAAACAAGAGGCAAAGAGACGACGAGAAGCAAAAAAACGUCUCAAGGCAGAGAAAGCUAAUCAUAAUGAUAUGCAUCCAAUGGAAGACAAAAAACGGAAAAUCAAGAGUGACGUGGUUGAUACCGUUCCCGAGAAUGUUCGUAAACAAAUGACACAGAUAUUCACGCAAUGUUAUGACCUGGUUACUAAUUGUAUGGAUGAGUCUGAAGGCGAGCCUCGCCAACGGGCUUAUCUAUUUAUUGAGCUACCUAGCAAGAAGGUGUACCCUCAAUACUAUGUUAUGAUAGCCAAACCAAUAGCGUUGGAUAUUAUAAAAAAGAAAAUAAAGAACAGAAGCUAUCGAAAUAUGAAACAGUUUAAGGAAGAUUUCCAUCUGAUGUUUGAGAAUGCAAAGACAUUCAACGAAGAAGGGUCUCAAGUGUACAUGGAUGCAUGCGAGUUGAUGAGAGUAUUUGACGAGAAAUUCGAAGAACUCUGUCCUAAUGGCGAAUUGCCGUCCUUAGAGGAUGACGACGAAGUCCAGGAGACAACAAACUAG